UGAGCGGAAGUCUCCGAGGUCAGGAAUUGUUUCGUGUGCGUGGAGUUUGGUUCGGUUUGUUUCGGCGGGAUGCAGAAAGGCCUGAAGAAAUAUUUUGUAAAUAUGGACGAGUACCUGUCCAGUCUGGGUCUGUAUCGGAAGAUGGUUGCGCGCGACGCGUCCAGUCUGUUCCGGGCCGUUUCCGAGCAGCUUUAUUACUCUCAGAACUAUCAUCAGAAGAUCCGACAGGAUUGCGCAAACUUCAUGAGAGCCAACAGGUGUGACUUUGAGCCGUUUGUGGAAGGGUCCUUUGAGAAGUACUUGGAACGUUUGGAAGAUCCAAAGGAGACGGUGGGUCAGGUGGAGAUCAAGGCUCUCUCUCAGCUCUACAGGCGGUGCUUCCUGAUCUAUCGUUACCCCGGGAAACCAGCUACGGUCAUCUCGGAGAACGACUUUGUGGAUAAGGUAACCCUGUGCUGCUCCAUCAAUGGUCACUAUGAUAUAAUCUAUGGGAGGAGCUACCCAGCUUCAGCAGCGCUCUGCCAGUCUCUACUCUACGAGCUCCUCUACACUCGGGUAUUUGGAGUGGAGGGGGCGGAGCUCUGCCAGGCCAUGGAGGCCUUUAGGGCAGGAGGGCGUCGGUAUAGAAACAGCCCAUCUGUCUGCAGUGACGUUGAUGUAGGCUACGACGCACCGGAGGACCGAGCGCUUAGGUGACGAUACAUUACACCUCCGGCUUUCUGACUGGAUCCCUGUGGUUAUGUGAUUUCAGCAUGUGUUGGUUUUACCUGCAGAGAGGACGUGGAGGCGGGGGGAGCGGCAGAGGAGGGCAAGUUGGCCGCUGAGGCUCCUCCGACCUGCAGAUUGUCUUUGCCCUACAAGGUUCUGAAGUCUCUGGAUGGAGACGUUUACAGGAACCUAGAGUUUGACGUGUGGCAGGACACCUGCAAAGAGAUGCAGAAGACAGACUACAUGGUGUUUGCGGGACGGCAGUACUUCCUGGGAGACAAGUGCCAGGUCCGUUUGGAACCAAAGGGAAAGUACUACAACGCCUUCAUCCAGGAAGUAGGAACGCACUCAGCAGCAGUUACUGUGUUCAUCGAGGAGCUAGGAGAAAAACACCUAGUUCCACUGACGGAUCUCAAACCAGUAAACCCAGUUCCUGCGUGGAACGUGGCAGCUCCUGUUAGGAAGGGAGAGCUGGACCCGGAGUCUCGAGGUCAGCGACAUCAACGCCAUCGAUACUUUAGAAAGUCUCGAGGCAGCAAUGGCAUGAAGGGGGCAGAGUUACUAAUGCCACCACCGGUCUCUUAUGGAGGCGCUGUCCCCUCCUCUCUGCCCCCCCGCUUCCAGCCCGCAGGUCAUCCACGUCCACCUCUUCCUCCCUCACCAGGGGCUGUAACAUUUGAUCCCUAUGCCCCCCCACACCACCACCCUCCAGGGGCAAGAGCCUCACGCUAUGGAGUGUCAAGUUCUGCACGUUUCCUGAACCGACAACUGAUUGGUCCCCAGCUGUCAUAUUAUCACCCAUCCAGGAGAUAUUACCAUGACUAUGAUAACUAUGCCUUCAGGUCCCGUCGCAGUCGGCGCCACUUGGUGGCUGUCAAUAAGGAAUGCCAGUUUGGGUUUCCAGCUGAGGCAGUGGACGAAUCGGCUGAUAUGGACCCCCCUGUUGCUUACUACCAGCUGGAAGAUUCCAAUGAAGGAGUCUUCCCUGCCUUGCCGUCUGAUAGCACUUCCUACACCGCUCUUCAACCAGAACUGGCACCUUCCUGUUGUUGGCAGCCAUAUUACCUGCAUCAUUUGGUAGACACUUUGGAACCAAAAGUGGGCAAUGCUGUAGCUCCUAACACCAUUGGAGAGUCAUCUCCUCCCAUUGGCUCUUCCUAUAGAGUUCAGAGGGCCUCAGGGGCCCUUCACCCGACAUCCCCCCCAGGAAACACCCUUUUAUGCUCCUCUGAGGAGGACCAGGAGGAUGUGAGCACAUUGGAGGACCAGACUGAGUACACAGAGGAGUAUGUAUACGGCGCUCAGGAUCAGCGCUACCAAACGUCAAGUGUUUACACAGCUGCUGAGGCCUCCUCCACCCAGGAUGACAAGGACAGGGGCUCAACAGACUCUCCAAGCAGGUCGGACAUAGCCUACUGCUACCCGCCACAGGUUGUGAAGCCGCUGCCGGUCAUCUGUUCCUCUCCUUCCUCAUCUUCCUCCUCCUCACCACCGUCGCCGUCUCGGGUCCCUGUUGCUCCUCACCUGCCACCAGCUGCCCACGCUCAGACACGCCAAGUUUCCAUGACGAUCUCUGCUGCUGCUCCCUGGUUGGUCAACGAGUUGGGCGAGCCUGUCUGCUCUGUGGUGACUCAGCCAUCUUACUCCUACGACCCAAACGGCAGUGAUUUACCCCGAGACUGCAGGGUUCUCCAGUACUACUACAACCUUGGAGUUCAGUGGUACCAUCAGAGCUUUUGGCAACAGCAACAGCAGCAGGUGUAUGCCCCCACCUCACCAGACCCGUCUUAUCCCUACCAGCACUACCCCCCCUACCUGAGCCAAGAGCCCCCUCCCCAUGUUGUGCCCCCAUCUUUCUCUGAGUCUGGCCGUGGAGCCCACCAACCCCCAUCCUCCUACCCAGACUCCUCUAGGGCAGCAGACGGACCGCUGGAGGGUCAUGGCAACGGACCCGCCCCCUCAGUGGAAGGACCUUCCAUGAACCAGGCCUCUCCAGGCUCCACACCUUCAGGACUCUACCCAGAUCAGACGCUCCCUCCCCCUACACUGCUGCAUAUCCCUUUCGAAGCGCCGCCCCCUGCUGGCUACUUACCUGCAGCUCCUCAUCCUCCCCUCCAUCACCCUCCCCAUCAUCCCCCGUACCAUCCUUGUCUUCCCACUUCAGCCCACUGGGGAACACUCCCGACAUCAGGCCACGCCCCGCGGGUCUACUGCCCGGCCCCCAAUCCUACUCAUGUGGUUGGUUACAUCACUGCGCCGCACACACCAACGCACUACAUCCCCCCCACCAUGUAAAGAGCUUGUGGCCAACAGCACCAGUUACAGUCAGUGAGGCCAUGUCCUCAUAUUUUCUGCCCAUGAGGCAAUUUUCACAAAGUCCUGAAAAUGUUAUUUUGAAAAAUAUGUGCAGCGCUGACAUGUUGGCAUCAGAUUCAAAUGAUGCCAUGGUUAGCUGUUAGCAUGCAGCU